AUGGCCACAGAUCCAAUGAUGCACAUCAAUUCGGAGUGGUCGGGGCUAGAUGGCCUUGAUGCUUCUAGUAUCCCUGAUAAAUGCGUACACGAGUUGUUUAUGGAUAUGGUGGAGUUGUAUCCGGAUGUACCAGCGUGUUGGUUUGAGGAUGACAAAAGCACGACAUUAACUUACAAGCAG